GACUUGUGGAUUUCAAAACUUUGCUUAAAAGGUUUUAAUAACAGAAAGAAAAUAACGGUGAAAAUGUAAUCAGAAAUCAGUGAAGUGCAGUAAUAAUAAUUAAGAAGUAUAAAAUGGAGUGUUCGUUUCGCCCCAGCUCGACCCGAGUACUCUCCCUGUGGACUUUUCUCAUCGGCAGCUUUAAUAUAGCAGGUCUGCGACCGGGUCCGAGCGUGUGGGCGGAGUCACUUGACGCGGUCAAUUUGUCAGCGGUGGCGGGUGGCGAUGCGACACUACCCUGCGAUACGAGGUCGCCUCAACCGCCGGACUCGCUGCUACUUGUCGUGUGGUAUAAAAACGACGUACCUAUAUACAGCUACGACAGUAGAGCCAAAGGGCCAGAUGCACACUGGGCAGACGCGUCGCUCGCGGGUCGCGCGCGUUGGCAUGGUACGCCGCAUUCGUCUUUACGAAUACGUGACGUGGUUCCGACGGACCGCGCCCUUUACCGAUGUCGUGUUGACUUCAAAGUUUCGCCGACGAGGAACUACAAGUUUAUGCUUCAUGUCAUAGAACUUCCAGAAAAGCCGAAAAUCUUCGACGAGGCCGACAAAGAAGUAAUAGGCGUGGCAGGCCCCUACAUAGAAGGCACCAGUCUGAAACUUACCUGUGUUGUAAGUGGAGGCAAACCUAUGCCAAGGCUGCGGUGGAAGCGAGGCGACGAAGUAGUUGCAAAGUUGGACCCAGUUGAAGACGAAACCCGGCUUAGCCUGCUUGAGCUUAGGAUACCUAAGUUGACAAGGGCAUACUUUGAGGCCGUGUAUACGUGUACGGCCGACAACACUGCCUUGGUGCCACCACUGCGGGUCAACGUGCAAAUUCAAUUAUACUUGAGACCUCUAUUGGUUGAAAUUUUGGCGCGUGAGCAACCUAUAUCUGUUGGUCAAGAAGCUGAGCUGGCGUGCAGAGCAGUUGGCUCCAGACCACCAGCUAUCAUCACCUGGUGGCUUGAUGACAAGCCAAUGAUCGUGGCAGAUCCGCAAAAGAAUUCCGACGAUCGUAACGAGACGGUCUCGUUUCUAAGAUGGACGCCGCAUAUGGAGCACGACGGUCGGGUGGUGACCUGUCGAGCAAGUCACGCGAAUCUGGAGCACGCCACACUCGAGACUAGCAUGAAACUAAACUUACACUAUGUCCCCAUCGUUGAACUACAGUUGGGUUCGAAAAUGAACCCUAACGACAUAGAGGAAGGUGAUGACGUGUACUUCGACUGUGUUGUGAGCGCAAAUCCGCCCGCUUACAAAGUUGUUUGGGAGCAUAAUAGUCAAGUAAUGACGCACAAUCAGCGGGCGGGCGUGAUAGCGGGGUCAGCGCACUUGGCCCUCCAGGGCGUGUCGAGGGAGCAGGCGGGUAAAUAUGUCUGCAUCGCGUCCAACGUUGAGGGCGAUGGGAGAUCCGCACCUGUCACGUUGCAGGUUAUUUACAAGCCAGUUUGCAAGAACGCAAAGAUUGCCAUCGUCGGCGCGGCCAUUAACGAAGCGGCACGGGUCGCCUGCGAGGUGGACGCAUUCCCGAUCCCAACAAACUUUCAAUGGACGCUUAACAAUAGCGUGGGAAUGGUCGAGCUCGAAGUGGGUAAAUACACCGUAGAAAAAUCCGGCCGUUCCAUACUCACGUACACCCCAGCAACGGACACCGAUUAUGGUUCCCUCGCCUGCCGCGCCACCAAUUUAGCUGGACAGCAGAUCGAGCCUUGCAGAUACACUUUGCUACCAGCAGUGAAGCCUGACCCACCUACCAAUUGCUCCACAUUGAAUUUAACUGAUGAUUCCGCGGAGCUACGUUGUUUAGCAGGCUAUGACGGUGGCCUUCACACUACAUACUUCGUAGAAGCGUGGGAAGCCGGCAGCCUGGUGGCCAACGUGUCCACAGUCACACCAGUAUGGAAGCUUCAAGGCCUUGGAUCAGGAAAGGCUCUGAAGUUGGUGUUCUACGCGAACAACGCGAGAGGAAGAUCUGAAGUCACCACGCUUAGAGUGCACACAUUAUCAAGACUUGCUUUGCAUACAGAGGCAAAGCACAGCAACAUCAGCAAUAUGGACACCAGUUGGGCCCUCGGCAUCAUUGCGGGUGCUGUUGGUACUUUGAUUGCGGUGGCUAUAGUCGCGCUGCUAGCAAGAAAAAGACACCAUAGGCCUUUACAGUAUGAAGCGCCACUGCAGACGGGGAAGGCGUACAAAGGCGCUUUGCAUAACCACUCCCCCCUCCAACCGGACGACAAGAACCCAGAUGUAGUGCCACUCGGGAAAGAUUUCAACUGCACACGAGACGCUGAGCGGCCGCCAGAGCCACCUCCCUACGGAGUUGUAGUGUCGCCGCCAGUUGGAUCGUCUAGGAGCGUGCACAGCUUACAUGAGCGCUCCAACACCCCCCACACCCCACACACGCCCAACACCCCAGCGUCCGAUGCUCAGAGCAUUGGUACACUUGCGGAGGACCGGCGCAGUGUAACAAGUGGCACUUUAUCUAGAAGGAGAGAAGUGGUUACGACCAGAACGCCACUCUUAGCGAACGCAAGAGAAAGUUGUGUGUAGAUAGUGUGAAGUGACAUUUUAUAAUGGGGAAUAACAAUAUGUGAUUUUAUUGCGGAGUGUUAAAUAUUUU